AUGGAUGAAGAAUAUGAUAGCUCUAUGUUGGGAAAGCACGAGAAGAGAUGCAGUGCAUUGUUUCAGCCUUUGAAAGCAUAUGGCUUUGAUUAUGAUGCUAACGAGGCUGAUGAAACUGAGGAAGAUGUGGAGGAUGAAUGGUCUGGUGAGGAUGACGAAGAGAAUGAUAUCAGUGAAUUUAGUGACGAGGACUACUUGCGCUCACCAUUUCUUUAA